UAUAAAUGUUUCUCAUUUUACUCUACAAUAAACAUGAAUACAGUUUUGAAAAAAAUUAUUACGAAACUCAGUUGACUUCGUAGUCUACAGCACAUAACUAUGACACGUGCGUAUUAAUCCACUAUGUCAAUUUCAGUUAAAUUUUUGUCAUAAAGCAAAUUAAAAUUUCUCGUAACCAUAUCCAGAAAUCUUCUAUUCUAUUGAAUCCUGUGUCAAAGAGAUAAUAUCCGAACGUCAUAACCUAUUUCAUUCUUGUGUUUAUCAAAGAAUGCAUAAAAUUUAAUAAAAGGAACAUUUAUCAUUAUAUGAUGGCCCGAAUCUACUCAGUCAUUCUAAACAAGAUCCCUCUUUCCUUGAUACCUUAAUCACGCACUUUCCCAUCCGUAAGUUCUGCUCGAGUGUUUAAAAGCUUUAACGUAGCCAAGCAAUAUUGUUCGAAAAUUCAAACUUAUUAUUCGUUUUUCUCUACGUUAUAUCCAGACUUUGAUCAACGAAUCUUAUCUUCACAUAUUAAUAUCGUGCCUCAAACAAAUUGCAUCCGAAGAAAUAAAUUCUUUCAAAUCAUACAAUGAUUUCCUUCUAAUUGAUAAUUGAAGGAUUAAUCUUCCAAAAGAGAUGAAUCCACAAAUCAUGCUGGUCAGUGUGGUGGCAGCUGCUUCGAUCGUUUUUUUCGGAUUUCUCGCUUAUCGGAUGAGACUACAAUCCAACUAUCCCGAUCUAGCUAACGUGCCACCAUUGGAGGAUAAUAGUUCUCUAGACGAGGAUCUCAAGGAUAUUUUGGCUUUCAUCCCCAUGUCCGAAGUGCAACGAAUCAUUGAAAGAUAUAUGAAAUAUGACGCUCAGAUCGGCGACACAGUGAGCUUUGUGAACGAUCAGAAGAGAUUUAUCUUACGCGAGUUCCAAAAUAUGCCUGAAGCCCAUAAAUUGAUUUCUUUCUUGCGUCAAAACGGAUUGGACGUAGAUUCUUGGCAAGACAAGAUACGAUAUUUUUGGAAGAUGUCGCCUAGGUUCAUUAAAUACGAACCGAGUCUGGCGAACGGAGGCCUGACUGUAAUGAUCAAUAAAAUCUUGGAGACCAUACCUAUGGACGAGCUGCACGAACUAUUGCGACAAAAAGUGAAAUACUCGGCGAGUUUUCGCAGAUUUCUGCUCGCAUUGAGAUCAAAAGAUUUCCGGGAAUUUUGCACCGCGCUCGAAUCCAACGAUGUGCUACAUCAUCAUUACUUUUGGGCGAAGGAGGGCGGUUUAGAGAUCACGUUCGCGAUCGAGCUGUUCAACGAACUGUAUGUCUAUCUUACACAAACUUUGAUCACUUAAGAAUUGUUAUGAAUUCGAUUAUUGAAUAAAAUAUGAUAAACUAAUAUAUUAUUUAAGUUACGAAAAAGUCAAAGUGAUCAAUCUCAUUGGGAUUAAUCGUUCGAAAAAUAAAUCGUAUAAAAGAGAAACAAAUUUUUGUUCGUGAAUACUAAUAUUGAAGAAUUAAUCAGAAAAAAAUUUUAUGGGGAAUGAAGUUGAUCAUUUGAUCUUUGAUUUGUCGUUUAUUUUAU